AUGUCUUCUUUCGAGGCACCUGCAGACUCACAGAGUCUAGACAGCGACCGGAAAUGGAGUCUGCAGCCUCUUCUUCGCCAUGCUGAGCGAUCACACAGCAAAAUACCCGGCAUUAGAAAGAUUCCUCUUCGGGCUAUCGGAAUCAUCGCGUUCAUCGCCUUGUUGAAUAUCAUUGUCUGGGUUGCAGCUGCGAUUGUAUUGAGCUACCAUCCAUCGCUCGUGUCCACUGCGGCCUUGGCCUAUUCUCUUGGAUUGAGACAUGCCUUCGACGCAGACCAUAUCUCUGCCAUCGAUCUCAUGACCAGAAGACUGUUGGCAACUGGACAGAAGCCCGUUACUGUAGGAACUUUCUUCUCACUGGGACAUUCAACAAUUGUCAUCAUUACCUCUAUCGUUGUUGCUGCGACGGCUGCUGCUGUCUCCUCGCGGUUUGACAGCUUCAGUACUAUCGGUGGCAUCAUUGGUAGCUCUGUCAGUGCCGCGUUCUUGAUUCUGCUUGGUAUCAUGAAUGCGUACAUCUUGUUCAAAUUGAUCAAGCAGAUGCAGAAGGUUUUCAAUCUUCCUGAAGAUCAACAAGAUGAGGCCUGGAAGAUUGAGGGCGGUGGAAUUCUCUUUUCAGUAUUGAAAAAGAUGUUUAAAUUGAUUGACAGACCCUGGAAGAUGUACCCUCUUGGAAUCCUAUUCGGUCUGGGUUUUGAUACCUCGUCCGAGAUCGCGCUCCUUGGAAUUUCCUCCAUUGAAGCCGCAAAGGGAACUUCAUUCUGGGUGAUUCUUAUCCUCCCAGCCCUUUUCACUGCUGGAAUGUGUCUCCUUGACACAAUUGACGGAGCUCUCAUGUUCUCGCUCUACAUCCAGCCUGCGGCAAACUUCCUCCCAGCGAAGCCAUCAAGCACUUCUGAUGCAGCUUCCGCGACGAGCGAUGAUGACGAGCUCCCGCAGUCCCGCAACAACCACCGCGACCCGGUUGCCUUCCUUUACUACUCAAUCGUGCUCACAACGCUUACUGUCAUUGUCGCAAUCGUGAUCGGUGUCAUUCAACUGCUCACUUUGAUUUUGAAUGUCACUGAUGCCACAGGCAAGUUCUGGGACGGAGUCCAGGUUGCCGGCGACUACUAUGACGCUAUUGGUGGCGGAAUUUGUGGUUGCUUCAUAAUAUUUGGUGGUUUGAGUGUUCUCAUUUAUAAGCCCUGGCGCAGGUGGAUGGAUCAGCGCCAUGGCAAGAAUUCUGUUAACGACGAGGAGAGGUAUCGGGAUGAGGAUCCUGGUAACUACGGUGCUAUUAUCACUGAGACGGUCGGUGACGCUCCAAGCAAGAGCACCGAGGUUGUUGGAAAGGGAACUCCAGCUCAAGUUAAUGAGAGAGAGACCGAUGAGCCAAGACUUGAGGCGCAUAUCGUCUGA